CGCCGCCACCGAGAUCGACCCCUGGGCCAUCAUUGCAGUCCGGGCUGCCUCCAGCAGUGCAAAUAUGUGCUAAGCCUGAAAAUGGGCACGGUGUUGAGUUUCUCGCCUCGCGAACGCCGCCCAGUGUACACCACCAGCUCCACGGGCGACUUCACCCUCAACAACUUCUCCUACGAGCAGCUGAACAACGCCAAGAACCGCGAGAACAAGAACACCACCAACUCCAACAACAACCUCAACAUCAACAACAACGACAAUGCCAGAAUCAUCUCCGAGAAGAACGCGCUCGAGAAGAACCUCAAGAAGCACUCCCUCUUCAUCAACGCGCUGUCCUGGAAGCGCUUCUCCACCGCCAACAACAACAAGAAGAAGCUGGACAACAAGAACAAGAACGUCACCGCGUUCCGCCAGCCGCUAGUCGACAACAUCCACACAGUCAUCGACAAAAACAAGAACAUACAAAAGCAAGGCUCCUACUAUUCCAACUCCAAGAGCACCUCGGCUCUCGCCUUGGACAUCGUCCGAGUGAAUAACGCGAAUAACAAUGCAAACCACCACGCGAACUGCGACAAGUUGACCAACAAAUCGUUACUGCUUAGAGAGAAUUCGGUGAAUAAUCAGAACCAAGUGGUUCCCGUCGCCGCCCCCAAGAAGACUGUCAUCCAAGCUUCCACUUCCGAACUGUUGAAAUGUUUAGGGAUGUAUCUGCAUACGAAAUGCUAUAAAUUGAGGGAUUUCCAGGCGGGAGAUGCCGUCAUGUGGCUCAGGACGGUCGACAGGAGUCUGCUCUUACAGGGAUGGCAGGACGUGGCCUUCAUCAACCCUGCCAACGUGGUGUUCGUGUACAUGCUGGUGCGCGACCUCGUCGAGGAGGAGAUCGACUGCGAGCAGGACCUGCAGGCCGUCGUGCUGACCUGCCUCUACCUCUCCUACUCGUACAUGGGCAACGAGAUCUCGUACCCGCUGAAGCCGUUCCUGGUGGAGGACUCCAAGGAGAGGUUCUGGGACCGCUGUUUAGACAUAGUGAAUAGACUGUCGGCGAACAUGCUGCGGAUCAACGCAGAGCCGGGCUACUUCACCGAGAUCUUCACCGAGCUGAAGGCCUGCGGGGUCGGCAGCGGGAAUAACAUGGCGACGAUGGCCUGCCAGACGGUGCCGGUGGUCCCCUGCAGUGCCGGCACCAUGGCGGCUUGACGCAAAGAGGUCACGGUAGUUAAAUUGACUCUGGCUGAGAUGCCCACCGUUCCAUGUGAAGUUUAACCAUCACCGACACUCUUCUUGUGAUGGCGAGCCAGUAGUACUUUGUAUGACGGAAAAUGUGUUCAUGUUUAUAUUUUCGGGGGAGAGGCGGGUAGGGUGGAAAAGCAGGAGCGCUCAAUUCAGUCAAUUGAGGCCAAGGAACCGUUUUCAUUUGCUUUCACCAGAACAAAAAACAGUGGCUGAUCACUGAUUUUUUAGUUAAGGGAUAAUUACAAAUGAACUCGUUUAAGACCAAGGUGGGAAAACCUAUUUCAGAUCUGACUGCGUUUUUCUUCAGCGGUUCUGUAAGGGACCAGAGAAAUUUUUUGAACUAAAUCGUUCAUCCAAAGAGAGGUUUUUUGAAUUUCAAUUUUUUACAAAACAGCAUUAGGGCCGAUUUUGUAAGUAUAAAUAACUUAAUGAAGAAACUGAAACGUUCGGUAAUUUAUUGCAUUUUAUAAAAAAAAUUGCAUCGGCUUAUUAACUAACGGACCAUUAGAUAAUAAAAUUAUGUUUUUUUGAUACCACCUCACUUUCUGUCAAACGCUGUUAUCUUUGUCAAGGUGUGUGUGUAAAAUUGUAUUUAAAAAGAUUAGUGUAUUGAUAACGAAGGGCAACAGAAAAGCAGAAAAAGAAUUCGUGAAAGUAAUUUUUUUAAAAAGAAAGAACUUUUGUUGCUUGAAGAAAUAUCUUAUCGAGUGUAAGAUGAUUAGAUGACUGAUGAUGAAAUUAUUUCAUUUGAAAAGGUACAACAGGGUAAAAUUCAAUAUACAGGAUACGGAGAACUAUACGUUAGGAGACGAAACGAAAUACGAAAUCGCGGGGUUUUCUGAACCCAAAAAUAGUACGGCAGAGUAAAAACAAUUCAAUAAUUACUUGGACAAAAUGCAGAAACGUCUUUUAACAGACUGAAAAAACUGACGACUAAAAGUUUCAUGAGAAACAUGAGAAAAAUAUUACUUAAAAAAAUUUCGUCCCGUAUUUUUCAAAACGCUGCGCAUACGGUUAAACAUACAAGAAAAAUGUUAAGAAGACAGUUGUAGAGAAUUAAAUUUCCUUUAAAAAAGUCAGCGAGACCAUAUUCGUAUUUUCAACCAUUUGGGCCCCAAAGUCGUUUAAAGGCGCUCAAGCGUCAUUUUACCGGUGGUUGAGUAACGAAAAGCUAAUUUAUACCUAAACCGUUGAAGAUAGAAAUAUAGUGUCGCGGACUUUUUUAUAGGAAAUUUAAUUCUCUACAACUUUUUUCCUUACACUUUUUUUCUAUCUUCAACCGUAUUCCCAGCGUUUUGGUAAAUAUGCGACGGUGCGCAAAAAUUAUCAAUUUGCGCUCCACUUUAUAUUUCUGCGAACGCUGCGAAUACGGUUAAAGAUACAAAAAAAGUGUAAGGAAGAAAGUUGUAGAGAAUUAAAUUUCCUUUAAAAAAGUCUGCAAGGCCAGAUUCUUAUCUUAACCAUUUGGGCCCCAAAGUCGUUUAAAGAAGCGCAAGCGUCAUUUUACCGGUGGUCGAGUAACGAAAAGCUAAUUUAUACCUAAACCGUUGAAGAUAGAAAUAUGGUAUCGCGGACUUUUUUAUAGGAAAUUUAAUUCUUUACAAUUUUGUUUCUUACACUUUUUUUCUAUCUUCAACCGUAUUCCCAGCGUUUUGGUAAAUAUGCGACGGUGCGCAAAAAAUUAUCAAUUUGCGCUCCACUUUAUAUUUCUGCGAACGCUGAGAAUACGGUUAAAGAUACAAAAAAAGUGUAAGGAAGAAAGUUGUAGAGAAUUAAAUUUUCUCCAAAAAAGUUUGCGACACCAUUUUUGUAUCUUUAACGGUUUAAGUACAAAUUGACUUUCCAAUACCAACAUUUUUUUUAAAUUCAUUCCUUUAUAAACUCGGACGGUAAUAGCGCUCUCUGACGACAUUAACGGAACUAUCGAGGACGGGAACGUUUUAUUUACACGUCCUUUCAUAUCCUAACCUUUAGGUAUCCGUAAAUACAAAUACAUUUUUCAGAAUGAGAAUUUACAAAAAUUACUGACCCCAUUUAUUUUAAUAAAUUCAUAACAGAGAAAUUUGGAGCAAAUGCGACAAUUUAAAAAACAAAGCCAGAAAAAUAUCAACGGAAUACUGCAAAUGCAGCUACUUAAAAAAAAAAACAGAAAAAAUGGAGAUUAUAGAGGCAAAACUAAAAAAAUUAAGCUGAAGCAAAGUGUGAUCUCAUAGAAAAAAACGCGGGAUAUUGAGAACAUAAAAAAUUAAGCUUCUUGAAUUGAAAAUAAAAAUUAAAAGUAGCAAAGUAAUUGAAAAUUGUCAAACAUUAGCAUUGGCGUUUUCUUCAAAAAAAUCAUCGUUCUCUAAAUUAUUAUCCUUUUCAUUAACUUUAUAGUUUAUGUUUUCUUGCACGUUCAUGUUGAUUUGACAAUUUUUGAGAAAAUUAAUUAAACUCAAAUAAAGCCAAAAAUUUGUUUAUGAAAUCGGCCCUUAGGCUGAGACAUCGCCAAGAGUUCGAGGCAGUAGAAGCACAAUCGUGUCUAUGUAGUAGGUUUUGGAGCUUUGAAAACUUGAGAGACUUGCUGAGCUUUAGAUUUGAACUAAAAUUUUGUUUUUCUGUGGAAGAGCUCAACAGCCUGGUGAUUGUAACAUUGUGCCCUUCUGUUUUUCCACGCGCCAAUUGAUUUCACGAGGUUAGUCUAAGAGAGUUAGUUUAAUCUGAGUUUGCGUGUCGAUGAGAAUGUAAAUUUAUGUGUUUCAUGCGUCCAUUUCAUGUUUGGUUCUAGUAUCGAUCACCAAAGUUGCGUUUUGUAAAUAAUUGUUGUUGUGGAAAGUCACUUUUACUUGAUUGGUUGACCCUUUCGUGCACGCCAUUCGGUUAAUUGGAGCUUUUUCGUCCCGGGAUCGACUUUUGUACAGCCUUUGGGGUCCAGUAUUUCCCCGAACUUAUGAUUUCUUACUGUUAAAUAGGUAUAAACCGGUCGGGAGCGUGCAAUGUGUAAAAUAGACUCACUGAAGGUGAAUUCCUUUGAAAUUUGCCAUAAUCUAGUAAAUAAGUCUUAGAGAAAUCGAAACGUAUCUUAACCGUUGUUGUUACAAUGUAACAAUUGUAGAGAUUUCAAGAGGUGCGUUCGGGUAUACCGCAAUUUAUUAAUAUCCGAUGAUAAACGUAAUUUACAAAUUUUUCUUACAUGAAACUUAGGGAGAAUGUUACGUUGGGCCGCGCGUUAUUCAGUUGUUACAUGAAGCAAUGUUUUCGGUUCUUGCUUGUAUUUGUUGGAAAAUCGAUGUUAAUUUGUAUUUUUGAAAACUAUUUUUCUAAUGGUCUUUCGCGAUACACCUGCGGCCGUUCAAGCGGCGACGACACGUGAUAUUUUACGAGAAAUUUCUGAAAUUUGUUCGAUAAGACUCGACUAAGAUAUUAAUGAAAUUUGUUUUUGUAUGGAAAUUCAUUAGGUAUGAUGUGAGUGAUGAUUCUAUUGUCAAGUGACGUUGAGGGGUUAUCGUUGGAUAAAUAAAUGUAGGAAAUAUUCA